AUGCAGCCCAUCGUCUUGCGGCUAGAGACGCAAGGCGGCGCCGUCGAGCUCGAGCUCCACAUCAAGGGGCUCCUGGAAGAGACCCUGUCGCCUCGCUGCCCUGGCGACGACUCGUGGGAGCAGCAGCUGCAGGACCAGGGCAAGAGGAGGGCGACGCUCACCACGAUAUUGAGAGCGGUCGCGCAGGACAAGCCAGACAAGCUCGAGCCUUUUGCCGUCGAGUGGCUGGAGCGGCGGUUUGGCAAGUCGGCCGAGCGCAGCUUGAGCCCCUGGACCUCGCGCACGGACCUCUAUCCUUCCGAGGCGGCCUUUGCAACUUACUUUCUCGAGAUUCGGCUGCCGACGCUCCUCGAGAAGGCUAUCGAGCUGGCUCCAGAGACGCUAGGCGAGUCUCUCUUGGAAUUCUUCCUCUCAGAGGGGCGCGACGCGGACGCGCGGCGCGAGAGGCUGUGGCCGUCGAAAGCGCACCCCCAGGUUGAGAGCGCGGGUGCGCCGCCGCUGGUCGCGGCCGAGUGCGUGGUGACGAUCGAGCAGCCGACCGAGGGCGAGGACGCAUCAGGCGGCAUCAAAGUGAGCAUUGUGACGCCUGGCCAGCAGUAA